AGGGUAUUCACAUGGAUGACUAACCUGGAAGUCUGUUUCUGAGGAACAGUGAAAACUAAUGUCUGCGGUCAGUGGCGCACUAUUGCAUUUUAUAGUCCACUGUAAGGAGUUUAUUGGAUAUUAAUAAGUCAUGGGAAUUUGGCGGUUCACGUGCUUUUCGCUUCUUUUGGGUUUUUUCCUGUCGUCAUUCUCGGAGCUCACAGGUGAUGCAGAGCUCAAAGUUGUUGUUGAAAAGGGCACAAGCAUCCACAUUAAUACAAGUGCUGGCAUAAACACACAGUGUGAAGUUUGUAUAAGACAGGUGUGCCAGUCUUCUGUGAUCCUCAGAAGUGAUACGAGUUUGAAUUUCACCUGUUCACAGCCAGAGAAUGUGUUCACCGUGCAGAUCAUCACAGAUACUGUGAAAUCAAACAUUGAACCCAAAGAACACCAUGCCUUUCGAAAGUUCAAUCGGAUCUUCACCUGGAAUCUGAAGCCUCCAGCUACAGGGACAAUCUAUUUGAAUUUCAGUAGGACUGGUUUACGGCAGAUUCAGCCUACAGACGGAUGCCCAGACAAACACGUUUAUAUGAUCACAGCGGAGGAUGUCAGUGUUGGGAGGUUUUGUCAGAAUGGAGCCAUUAGUGCAGUCCAUGUGCGUAAUGUUGGAAAACUGUCUUUGGAAGUGUCCGGAGGUCAGCCUCUGAACAUGAAAGAAAUCGGUGUAUCACUAGGACGUGCCAUUAACUCACUAGCUAAUAUCCAUGUUGUUCUCCCAGAGAGGAGUUCAACCCAGGAUUUCUUUACCCCAAACACUCUUCCUGAAAAUGCGGAGACAGUGUGGUAUUUCACUGUGCCCCAUGCGUACUACACAGAUGUGCACAUUCUGAGCUACACUGUUCCAACAUGCCUCCAACCUGAAAACAUCCCUACAAUGAAGUACACUUGGCAGGAUAAGGACCCUCUGGUAAAACCGCUGAAUGGAAGACAGCCAUUGGUGGAAACUGGCAACUUUAACCUCUCCAUAAAGAACUGCAAAAUGUCCAGGUCAAGUCCUCCUUUGCAAGGCCUAAUGGUGCACUUUCAAAUCUCUGCCAUCAAGAGAAUAAAGGGGCAGUGUGAAGGGGAUCUACCAGAGAAGCAAAUGCUACAGAUACGUGUGAUGAAAAAGGAUCCUAAGUCCAUCUGUGUGUUGAAACUGGAUUCGGUCAUAAUGGACACAGUCACCAUAGCUUCAGGGAACCAUUUUGUCCUUAAUUCUUUUGACUGUAACAAGGAUGAACUAGAGUUGACUGUCAACCAGACCAUAGAAUGUAAAGAAUGGAGAAAAUGUGCAUCCACCCCAUUCCCUAUAACCUUCAAUUACGAGCAGAACUGUAUCCCGGGAGUUUUGAAGACGAUCACAUGGCAUAUUCAUGGCCCACAGAACAGUGCAGUGGAGCUACAGUCCCCUACAGACGGUCUGCGUUACUGUCUACCGGAGGAGAAAUGCAAUAGCAUCCUUCUCCUAAAUGUGUCCCAUGUUAACUCUGGCAUCAUUGUUGGGCAGUUUUGUCCAAAGGGAACCAUUGAGAAAAUCCAGAUCCGUGAAUCCAAGAUUGCAGUAACUGCCUCCGUUACAAGUUUCAAUGACCGGAAUUUGGCAACUAGACCCUUUAUAACUUAUUCAUUUACUCAAGACAUAUCAGAGCACUAUAUAUUCACUGUUGCACCAAAAAUAGAUAAUCCUACCGUAUUGGCGACCCCAGCCUGGCCGUCUGGGAUGAAACCCUCCAGCACUGUGUCCUGGAUCAUUAACAUGGAGCCACAGCUUAAGAGCAAUCUGAAGUUCAGAAAUGUCAGCCAGCCCAAGUGUAAGGAGGUGCACACAAACAUUGCGGUGCAGACCAUUCGACCUCAAAUAAUGGUGUACAGUACUAAAAAGGAUGAGAAAAUUAAUGAUGUCCUGGUCCCAGAAAGUUUUUACCUCAACAUGACUAACUGCAAGUCCCCGACAGGAAGCUUCAGGGCAAUGAUGGAGAUCACACUGCAGAAUAAGACAAAAAAGUUUCUGGGCAUCAUCCUGAGUAUUGUGGGCAUCUUGUUAAUGAUCAUAACAGCCGUGGUGAUCUGGAUUGUCCUCAGGUGA